UAAAAGUUUAAUUAUUUCUUUAAUUUUAUAGUUUAUUAGUUGAUUAUUUAGUAGUUGUUUUAUUAAAGGUUUCAGAAUAUUUGAUUACGAUGGUGUACAGAAUAUCUUGGCGUUUAGAGAUGAGCCAGUGACGAUACAAUGCCAGGCAAAUAUGCCGAUAUCUUAUUGUGGAUUUGUUCAUCCCAGUGGUAAAAGAUUCUCAUCAAGCUCGGUUACAAACGCUAAAUGUGAAGUGAAGAUAAACGCAAGUGCGGCGGAAGUUGGAGAAUGGAAGUGUCAUAUAGGAGUGCAGUCAGUGAGGGUCGAGAUAAUGAAGAGGAUCGAGGUGCGUGUUGUGGGGGAAGUGGCGGCUGUCCAGGCUAACGUGACCUCUCUCCACGGCAAGCCCGUUACCCUCGCGUGUGUCACCACCAAGGGUCUAGUGCCAUUGAGUUACUGCCGCUUCGAACCACCGAAUGCUAGCCCGUUUAGUAUUGAUUCAUCAAUUAAUGCGACUAAUCCGCUGUUGAAUAAAUAUUAUUUCCCGGCGAACAAAAGCUUGGACCGCGGGGAUUGUGCUGUUACUAUUCGUAAAGUGAGGUAUGAAGAUGUGGGGCAGUGGACGUGCGGGGCGGGUUUUGAUGAUGGCCAGGAACACAUAGCUCAAAUAACUGUUGACGUUGAAGGACUUUAUACAAUGUCAACAGCGUCGGUAACCGGCAUC